ACCACCCAUUCAAAGCAAUGCCAGCAGAAGACCAGCAGAAGACCUGCAGCAGCGCCGCCCAUGACUCUGAUCCACACAGUUCAACAGAUUAUUUUAACCGGAUCCCGCCACAGACCGUUAAUAAUUCACUAACUCGGAAUGAACGGUAACCGCUGCUCGUCUGACGGCUGAAAAUUAAUCAGCGCAUAUCCGGAUUAUUAUAACGCAAAAAUCAAAGUAGCAAACGUCACCAUAAGGGUGUGCUGAUUUGUCUUCUGGAGGGGCAGCACAAGGCUCCAUAAAAUGACCCAAUCUGUGCAUAUAACCUCCAAACUGCCAAAUCUUAGUGGCCCUUUUCAUUGCUCUACUGGGGAAGAAACAGAUCAAGGUGGCUCCUAUUCAGUACAGACACCCUACGGAUUUCACCUGGACCUUGAUUUUCUCAAGUAUGUUGAAGAAAUAGAGAGUGGACACAGCAUUCGUAGGGCUAAUGUGAACCCUCGGAGGGGAUCCCGGGGUGACCGUGGGUAUCAGAGGAAUUUGGGUACUGGUGGUCGGAACAGUGGCUGGACCUCCACUGAGUCCCUUUCCUCAACAACCAGCGAGAAUGGCCAAACUAACCAACCUUUUCUUCAGAGCCCCAUCACAUCACCUAGUAAAUCACAACCACUUUCCCCAUUACCAGUCAUCAGUCCCAGUCUGCCUACCUGCUCCAAAGUCCCGCCACCACCUCCACCACGUAAUCCUAGGGUAGAGAGAACGCUUCUUGAAACUAGCCUUCGACUGCAACAGGAGCAAAACCAGUUUUCCAAUGGAUUAGGCUCUAAUUUGUCUGACCUUUCCAAAGUGAGUUCCAAAGCCAGCGGAUCUAUUAGGGACUUCUCUCUAGCUUCUUCCCAGCUUUCUUCAGAUGCCCACUUGCUACAGAUAUCACCUGUUGUUCAGAACCCCAUUUCUGGGGUCUGGACCAGAGCAAGUCCUCAGACGUCUGGAAGGAGCACUCCAGCAUCCAACUCAGGGACACUGCCUCCUGGGCAGCUUCAGACAGUGCGAGAACAGAUGGCCACAGCCCUUAGGCAGCUAAGAGAGAUGGAAGAGAGAGUGAAAGGACUACCAGCUCUAGAAAGAGAAGUUGCCAUGCUCCGUGCAGAAAAAGGAAAGCUGGCUCAUGAACUUCAAAAGAAAACGGACGAACUUGAUGCAACACUUAAACUGCAAAUCUCCACUCAGACAGCAGUAGGAGCCUCCCAAUCAAGAUCUCCACCGUCGCCAUCACUUUGGAAUAAAAAGCCAGAAUGCAAAAGUGAUCAACAAGAGGUCAAGGAAAUAAAGAAACUAGCUGUUAUUCCUAUAGAAAAAAGAUCCAUAGCAGUAGGUAGUAACAAUCCCAUUGAGACUGUGGUUGUCUACAAUCGUCAAGCGGUCAAGGAUGCAGCUGUCGAAGCUACGAUUGAUGUUUGUCACGCAGCUAUUGAGACUGAAACUAGUGUCAUGCAUGAUGAGGGAAUUCAGACGGCAGUGGCUACAGAAGAUGUGGCAGUCUGGGUAAUAGAAUCAUUUCUGGGGCUACAAAGUGAGGCAGAACGAGAAAUUGAUGCCCUGCAACACACUAUCAAAUUUCAACAGGAGUCAAUCCAGGUUCUUGAGACACGAUUAACUGAAGUCAACCAAGAUCUUGAAGCUUUAAGGGCUCAGGAAUCUGAGAGGGCAUCCAAGAUUAUGUUGGACAGAGAGACAAUAGCAAAACCAGAGACAGCCAAUGCCCAAAUGGAAACAUGCCCUGAAGUUUGUUCAGUUGGAGUGUUGUUUCCAGAUGUGACUGAUCCAGAGUAUGCUUCAAAAAAUGACCAAAGCAUUCAAACAGACCCUGUGGAAACUUCAAAGGAAAAAACGGUGGAGCUAGUAAGCAUUGGAAUCCAGUGGGAAUGUCUUACUGAUAUACAAGACACUGAAGAACAGACAACUUCAGCAGAGGCGGCAGGCCCUCUGAAGUCUAUUAUGAAGAGGAAGGAUGGGAGUGGUGCUGGUGCAGCUUCCAGCGGUGGCAAAAAGAGCCUGAAGUUUGUUGGAAUUCUAAAUGGAGGGUAUGAGUCGACCUCAAGCGAAGAGGAGGAAGAAGAGGAUGAAGAGAGUUCCUCUGAUGAAAGUGAGGCUGGUGUGUGUUCAGACAGCAGCGUGGAAGAAGGGGCAGCUCUAGAGGAUACAUCUGAUGAAGAGAUGAAUAUAAAUGUGGAUGAAAGCGACAGUGAUGAAAACAUGGCAGCUGGGACCGAAGAUUUAAAGGACCAGGAUGAGGAAGUGAAGGAAAAGUUUGAACUAAGUGCCAAAAUGCGUGAGGCUUGCCUGAUUUUAAAGAACCACCUUAAUGACGGAGCCAAAUCAGUGAAGAGUAAAGAAGUGUUGUCCAGCACUCAUACCGUUCAGCUGGAGUGGUUCAGAGUGUCCAGUGCAAAGAUGGCCCAGCCAUCACGUGUGUCAAAUUACCUGAUGGCUUUCUCAGAGGUCUCCCCCGUCCUGCUGGAGCACAUAGUCAACAUGACCGAUGGCAACGGCAACACUGCUUUACACUACAGCGUCUCCCAUUCCAACUUCACCGUGGUGGACCUACUGCUUGGCACAGGCAUGUGCAAUGUUGAUCAGCAGAAUAAAGCCGGAUAUACAGCUGUGAUGCUGGCAGCGCUUUCAGCAGUCAAGGAGGAGGACGACAUGGCAGUGGUCCAGAAACUCUUCCGUCUGGGCAACGUCAAUGCCAAGGCCAGCCAAGCAGGACAGACGGCUUUGAUGCUGGCCGUGAGUCACGGGCGACAGGAGAUGGUGCGAGCGCUGCUCGACUGCGGUGCUGACGUGAACAUCCAGGACGAUGAGGGCUCCACUGCUCUGAUGUGUGCAAGUGAACACGGUCGGGCUGAGAUUGUCUCCUUGCUCCUGGAGCAGCCAGGGUGUGACAUUUCAGUUGUGGACAAUGAUGGCAGUAAUGCUCUCUCCAUUGCUCUGGAGGCGUCCCACAAUGAUAUUGCUGUUCUACUGUACGCCCACAUGAACUACUCGAAAACACAGGCAGAUGUGCCAUCUAAAGCAAACACCCGAAGCCCAUCCAGUCCUAAAAAAACAUGGCCCUCAGAGUGACAUAUGGACAUAUUAACAACAAAAUGGAUAUGAAAACAAGACUAACUAGCUUUACUGGAAGAUUAACAAAGUCUGUGUUACAAGUUUAUAUAUAUAUAUAUAUAUUUAUAUUGUAUUCACUGAAUAUUCAUUUUUAUGCACAUAUUUAAUGCACUAUAAUGCAACAUUACUAUGUAAAAUACUUAUUAUUGUAGGUCAGACCAAUCAUUUUACUUUUAAUCUUCAACAGGUGUAUCUACUAUAGUAAAUUUCAUGUAAUAAGGAAAUAAGGUAUUUGGGAUAAGCACAGCUCAGCUGUAAUGUUAUUGUGAUUAUAUGGUUCACAAGCUGAACAUUUGUUUUGAUUAGCGGUCAGAAAAAGUACAAAUCAUACAUCAUCAUGAGAAUGAGAAUAAGACUGAAAUAUUGCGGCAGAUUAAGUUGAAUCAUUCAUAUUCACUUAAGAAGCUCAAGCCCUCAGUAACUACUUGUGUAUUAAACAUACAUUGUGGCUUCAUAAUGCAGGCAACCCGUGACCGCUAUAAUUACAGCAACAAACACCUACAUGAACUCCACCUUUGUUUUCUACUACAGUGAUUUAUUUUUAUCCUCUGAUAUAAUUGGAUAAAACUCCAAAAGCCAUUAUAUACAGUCUGUAAUGUCUGGAUCUGAUGGUGGCCCUUCAGCUGAGUGUUUUUUCUUCUUCUUAUUUUUGCAAUCUGUUAUUUGAACUGAAAGGACAUUGCCUUGCUUUAGAAAGGAGAAAUAUUUGCCUUCAGGAGAUCUUGACUGAUCACAGAAAGGUUGCAGAAUAGAACUUAAGAACUGAAAUCAGUCAAGAAUGGCCGCAAAACAUAAACAAAACUAGUGGCAUUUGAGAGAAAAAAUAGCACUUUUCAGUUGUUACGCUUAAACUCCUGACACUUUGUGGCUGUGAAAUGUUAAACAUUUCCAUAGUUGAUGUGAUGAACUACACCUGUGUUACCCUGGUAGGACACUUGAGUAAAGACUGUUGUGUGAGAUUUAUUUUCCAUUCAUAAUUAUUUGCUGACCAUCAGAGUUUGCUUGGUUUAUGAACUGCAAAACACUGAUUUCUGAAUUCAGCACUUUACAGAAAUUAACAAACCAGGUGUUGAAUUAAAUACCUGUAAACGUUUUAAACUAAACUAGAAUGUUUACUGUAGAUUUUAAAUACAGACAAAUCUUUAAUUUUGUCCAAAGAUGCAGCAGCGGCUCUGCAAACAGGCUAGGAAUGUUUCGGUUAUCUUCGGUAGCUGAUCAUUUAAACGUAUUUUGACAAUUCAAUUGUAUUAUUACUAUUAUUCCAGGCCUCAAGUAUGGUUUUGUAUAAGUUUUGGUCUGUCAGUAUUUUGUUUAUUGUGUAUUUUACUUGGGAUCUGUAUCUUUGUUUAAAUGAUUGUAUCAUGCUGUGCAGCUUAUGCUAUUUCAUUUAGCAGUUUUUUAGUAUACGAUUAAAGAAAAAUUGUAUGUUGUCAUAAAGUUAGCCAUUAAGAAAAUGCACCUCCCCUACAAAAGUGAAUUUUUUCUUAUAUACUUACAUCAGUGUGACCAAUAUAAAAAGGCUGGAUCAUAUUAAAACGCAAGAAACCUGGCAAAUCUUCAGGUCUGCUUGUCUUCAAAACAUAACAUUUAGUUUUAAAAAACAACACAAAAUGACACAGUAUAUGGCUGACAUAAAAGGCCACUUAAGUGUGUUUGAGAGUAUACACUUUAAUGACUAUGCUGCAAUGAAGCACACUUUGUAAUAAUGUCAAACUAAUAAAAAAUUGUACAUUUUUGUGCUUUAAAAGAAGUACUUAUUUUGAUAUGUUGAUUAACAUACUAAAGCAUGUGUAAAGUAUGCAUAUGAAAAUGAUAGAAGAUAGUAUGUAUAUUUGUAAAAAUAUACACAGUAAUAAUAAUAGUAUGUUAUACGUUAAUACGUUAAUAAUAAUACAAUUGUAAUUUGCAAGUUUAACAUUAUG